AAGUAGACUACUUACAUAACGAAUAUAUGGGUGAUUAAGCAUUUUACAAUCGAUUCGUUGAUAGUUCAAGAGGCCCUUUUACAACUUUAGUCUCCCUUUGAUCUCAUCGCCGAGUUCCGGGGUUAAAGUCUGUUACGUAAUCAGUCUCGAUGGCGAUUGGUUAAUUACCCAACCAACAUAUAGUCCCGCCUACAUUAGGGUCUUGGAUCAUUCAGAUUCAAUCUGUAGAGAUUUGAACAUCGACAUGAUAACCCCACCUUCAAGUCCGAUUUUGACUCCAGUUUCAACUGAUCGUAAAAGAAGAAGAAAGCGUUUAAUCCUGGAAUGCAAAGCUUUUUUAGCCAAGCUCGACGAAUUAUUCUUUCAAGAAGCAAGAAAUACCGUGAAUAAGAGCGAAAAGACUGAGAAUGGCAAGAGCAGGACGCCUCAAGCCAAAAAGAAUAGAAAGGAAGAAGGACGAGUAAAUCAAGGCUUUAGGGCAGAGGCGGAAGGAAAAAGUCAAGAGUACCGAGCCCCGCCAAUUAGUACUGUUAAGUGCGCCGAAUUGAAUAAUGAUAAUUUAUCGGUUAGCAGUCUCCGCUUAGAAGAAACAUUUCAAGAGGAGCCACUUUCUCAAAGACGAUCUCCUGACGGUUGUGAGGGCCGCGUUUCUGUUGAAGAAAUUGCCGUCUCAAGAGAGAGCGAUUCACCACCCUUAAAGAGCUUCAGCGACAACGCUAUUACUGCCAUUCCUGCAACAAUACCAUUCUCUCCGGAUACUUCACUCUCAUAUACUCUUCCUGAAAUUUUAUCCGAAUCAAGUGAGAAUGAUUCAAGAUUUAUAUCCAGUAGCGCCUCGCCAAUUGAAUACUCAAAUCAUUCGUCUUGUGUUUUGCCUGUCCCAUGCGGCGAAGAUUUAUCGGACAGCCAAACAGAUAUUCCAUUGCCUUUAAUCGCCGAUUAUGUUCAUUUCGACGUCGAUAUACAUGAAGAAAUAGAAGUUGCUCAAUCCGAAUCACAAUUGAACGUUUCUCCUACAGAAAGCACCGACAAUCAUACGGAAGUGCGUGAUUACAAUGUGUUUGAUGUUCAAGUUGCCCUGAAUGAUUCUAUUAAUCGGGCUUUAGAAAUUCGUAAAAUGAAAUUAGAUGAAAAUGUAGAUGAAGUUACCGUCGACGACGACAACAACGACGACGAUGGCGACAAUAAUAAAAAUUUCUGGGAAAAACCUGCAGAUGGCAUUGCCCUUCCACAUUUUCUCGAUCACAACGUUGAAUUUAUUGAAGAGAACUGGGAAGAUAGUUUUUGGGAAGAUGUUGACAGCACUAAGCCUUCUUUACCGGUAGUACCUCAACAAGAAGACGAAAUUUCUCAAGUUAUUUGCGAAGCUGUCGAUCUUUUAUGGUCGUUUAGAAGAUGCGGUAUGAGUUGGGACGAAGCCAAACCUACCGAUAAAUAUUUACAAAAUGACUCUUUUAAGUUAUUCAUUUAUGAUUUGUGCCGUGAAGUUUUAACGGAUUUAUUCUUCGAAGAGGACAACACUAUACCAAGUUACCAGAAGCGGCCGUGCCCUCUAACAAAACGUGAUCCGCCCAACCAACUUACUCUCGUUCGCCCAAUAGUUGUCGACAAAGUGCUUAACUUAUUAAAUACCCAAAAAAGAAUUGAAAACUGCGCAAGUAAAAGUGGAAGGUUAGAUAACGUCGACACGCUUCUCAGCAUGGAACUUGUUGAAGAAGAAGCUGAUUGGACAAAUUACGAUAACGAUGAAUGCGAAGUUAAAAUGCAAGUUGCCGACCAGCUGUUUGAACUUCUUCUCAAAGAUUCUAUCCGAUUAUAG